ACUUUGUCGUUCCAUACACAUCGGACCUAAAAACAACAAAUAUGGCGACGUCCAUCUUACUGACGGACAAAAUUCAGAAUUUUAUAGAUAGUGCCAUAUCUGAAGGUGUAUCAGAAAAACUUAAACAACAACUGGAAAAGUACUGUUCUCAGAAUUGUACAGAAAAAAGUGUGCCUGCUUCACUUGUUAUUAAAGUUCAUAAAUGUGUUAAUGAUGGUCAAAACAAAAUAUAUCUUCAUGAAUUAUUAAAAGGUAGUGAUUUAUAUUAUGAAGCACUCAAACCACCCACUAGGAGUCCAGAACUUGUUGCAAGACUAGAAAGGCUAAAAACUGAGCAAGAAAACAGAGAAUACCAAAAGAUGACCAAAAAUGUCAGAGUUGAGGCAUUUGGCGGAAGUAUUUUGAGCGAAAUUGGGAAAGACUUACGUUCUACUAAAGCUCAACUUAUUGGUGUUCUAAAUGUUGUGUUAACUAUUGUCGGUAGCUUUGUUUUUGGAUAUAUGGCAACUUACUACGUAGGAAAACCAAUUCCAUAUUGUAUUGUUACAGGUUUUGUUCUUGCCUCUAUUGUUGCAGUCGCUGAUAUUUAUUUUUUCAUCAAAACUGAAGUUUGACAGAAGGUCCUUAUAUUAUAUUUAUGUAUUGCAACAUUAAAUUACUCGAAAACUGAAUUAUAUAUUAUAUUGUAUAUCUUGUAUUCAUCUUAUGUUUUUUGAUAUAUAUCUGUAACCCAAUGCAGAAGCGGAUGCAAGGGGUUGCAGACGUUGCGACCAAAGAAAUAGCGUGUUAGUAUUAACUUGAUGUAAAACAUGGUUGUUUUAUGGCAUUCACUUGUAAUCUACCAAGAACAUUGCAACUUUGUACAGAUUCCUGCAGAGAAUCAUGAUAAGAAUGAAUAACUUAAUUAAAAAUCAUUUCAUAGAGUUAAUUUCAUGGCAAGUAAACAUCAAUAGGUAAUUAACUAUGUGUAGAAAUGUUGUUUUUGAGAAAAUUAAUAAACCUAAUAGUAGUAAUAAUGUUUAUAUUAUAGCUAUUAUUAUGUUGUAGAUACAACAAUAAUAAUAAUUAUUAUUAUUAUGUAUGUUCUGGAAUUGAUUAAGGAUGGGUUGUUACGCAUAUCUAAAAAAAAUAAAUGUAAGUUAUUAUGUAAUUUA